AAUAGUCGACAUCGUGGAUACUCGUGGUCUCACUCGGUGAUCGCGAUCCACGCGUUUAUUACCGACGAAAGCUUUUUCUUUAAAAUGGCGUAUGACGUGUGAGAUUUCUUGACGACUCCGUUUCUCUAAAAACGCAAGGUAAACCUACCCCCGUAAGUGCGUAUGCCAAAAUCAUUUCAACACUAUGGCUGAUUCACCAUCUAAAGAAGGAUACGAUAACCAAGGAAUGGCGAUGCGCAGUGGAGGAGGAUCUGACGGAGAUUUGAAACUGGAACCAUCUAGUCCUACUGAAAGAUAUACGUUUUCUCGAUGUAGUAGCACUGGAUCCAUUAAUACGCCAUCUUCAUCAGCGCAUAACACUGAAGAUGAAGACAGCGACAAUAAGAACUGUACAAUUAGCUAUAAAGAGCGUCGCAGAGAAGCUCACACACAGGCGGAGCAAAAGCGGAGGGAUGCCAUAAAGAAAGGAUACGAUUCUCUCCAGGAUUUGGUUCCAACUUGCCAGCAUACAGAUUCAUCAGGAUACAAACUCUCCAAAGCCACAGUUCUUCAGAAGUCAAUCGAUUACAUUCAGUUCCUGUUACAACAGAAGAAAAAGCAAGAGGAAGAACGUAAUGCUCUUCGUAAAGAAGUCGUUGCGCUCAGAAUAAUGCAAGCCAAUUAUGAACAGAUUGUUAAAGCGCAUCAAACACAACCUGGUCAUGCUGAGGCACGCAUAUCUGAUGAAGCUAAAUUCCAAGUGUUUCGGGCAAUUAUGGACCGGCUAUUUCAAACCUUCAGCAAUGUAUCUGUAGCCAACUUUGCCGAGCUAUCAGCCUGUGUAUUUAGCUGGCUAGAAGAAUAUUGUAAGCCACAGACUCUUCGGGAAGUUGUAAUAUCCGUUCUACAGCAGUUCAACAAUCCUAUCAGCUAGUCAAUGGUGGAAUAUAACUCGAAAUUACAUUUAUGCUUCCGGUUGUUAAUUAUUGAUCUUGAAGUAUAAUUCAAAUUCGAAUACAAGCCAUUCCAAUGCACUUCUGUGAUCCAUGAUGGAAGCUACAUAAAAAUAACCUUAGUUACCAGAUUGUACCGUUACAUAUGUAUAUACGUUAUACCGUCACUCUUGUUUUUUUUCAAGUAAUGGAGAAUAAACCUUUCAUCGUUUUAAAUGUUGCGACGAUAAGUUUUUACUCUUACAUGGCAGAAUAUGGAAUUCAUCAUAGAUAACAUUCAAUAUUUUUUUAUUGACAUGAGAAUAUUCGAUGGUGUCGAAGCAAAGAAAGAUGACAGCAGAGUGCAGAAGCCAUCAGAAUUAAAAAUCCCGUCGUUGUAGGGAAUAUAGAUUCAAGACAGAUUUCCAUUUCUUGAGAGUGACAAUAAUAAAUGUUACUAUGUUUAUAGAAUAGGGAUUACAUUAAGUACACGAAAAACAAAUAAAGCGGGUUCAAAUCUGUUUCACUGAACUAUGAAAAAGGGGAUCACCAUGUUCAAAUAUAGAUACCAAGUAAAAACCAACUAAAUAGUUUAUUCAAUUGGGAUUUGCAAGGUGUAGCGAACAAUAUAAAAGAAGAGGAACAGAAAUGCACACGGUUAUCCAAAGAUCGCGAUUAUUUCGCCUUUAUUUGUAAAAUAAUUUCAAAGAACUUCAGUUGCCAAUAAACUGUAGAAAUUUACAGACUUUUUCAGAUAACGAAUUCUGUAUCACCUUCUUAUAACUACACAGAUGAUUUCAGAUAUUUUCAGAAGUUUUUCUUCUACUCAUAUUACAUAGAUCUAUUUUAUUUAAGUAACUGCGUUUUAUGUGCGCGCAUAUACUUAUAUACAUAUAUAUAUAUACACAAGGAAUAGCUGCGCUAUUCUUUGUUUCAGUCAAAAAUAAAAAUGUUACAAUAAAACACAAUAAUCCUGAUAA